AUGCAUUGUCAAAAAUGCAGGAAGCCUUUAAAGCUCGACGGUUCCCUAGAUGAUCUGAACCCGGCUGCUUUCGACUUGCUUGUUGGAGCUUCGCAGCAGCCGCCAAAGAAUAUACCUUCGUCUCGCCCCGCCUAUCCCCAAGAGAGGAAACAGCUCUACGAUCGAGUCUCGAAGGACGCCAAGUCCCCUACAUUCAAGAGACACACGUCGAACCCUCGCCGAAGCGACGCCUCCUCCUCAGAAUAUCGUCAGGGUCUUACGAACCCCGCGAUGUCGUUCGUCAUGCUCACAGAGUCGCAAGUGGUCCCACCAUCGAUAAUCAAGAGCCCGGAAGACACAAAUCCCAAGCGAAGAGCUCACGACGAUGGCAAAAAUUUGGAUGGGGGAGAUGAUGAAGGCAAAGCUAUGUCGCAGGAAAUGGAACGGGUAUCGAGGCUAUUUGAAAUUUUGUCUGCAAGAUCUGACAUCGAUCACCCAGUAUGUGUCGAAUGUACAGAGAUGCUGGUUGACGGUUUACAACGAAGGCUUGAGGCUCAUACAAGAGAAAGAGAUGCAUAUAGCGGGUAUCUCAAGGAAGUGCACGCUAGUGUCCCGACUGAAGAGGAAGUCAAGGAAUCACAAGAACAACUGGCAAAGGCACGAGCCGAUGAAGCAAAUGCCGUAGAAGAACUCAAGAAACUAGAAAAAGAAAAGGCAGCAGUCGACAACGAGAUCUUAGUCCUUGAACAGGAAGCUAGAGCACUCGAUCUCGAAGAGGAGGAGUUCUGGCGGGAGCGAAACGCCUUUACCGCAAAACUAACAGAAUUCCAAAACAUCCGCGAUAGCGUAAACCAGCAAUUCGACCACGACUCACAGCUUCUCGAAAAGCUCCAGCGAACAAACGUAUACAACGACACCUUCUGCAUCAGCCACGACGGCAAAUUCGGCACCAUCAACGGUCUCCGUCUCGGCCGCCUCUCAAACGUCACAGUAGACUGGCAAGAAAUAAACGCAGCAUGGGGCCACACGCUCCUCCUCCUCGCCACCGUCGCCGAAAAACUCUCUUUCAAAUUCACCGGCUACGACCUCCAACCCAUGGGCUCCACCUCGCGUAUCAUCCGUUACGACAAUGUCUCCCCCUCCACCUCGCGCACCUCUUCCACGCGCUCAACCCGUCCUCCCACCAAGAAAAUCCUAGAACUCUACUCCUCGGGCGACAUGCCGCUCGGUCUCACAUUCAUGCACCGCAAAUUCGACACCGCGAUGGUGGCUUUCCUAGCAUGCAUGAAACAACUCGGCGAUUUCGUCGAGCAGGAAAGUUCGCGGGGUCAUGAAGAGGGAAAAGGAUUGUGUUUGCCGUAUAAGAUCGAUGGGGAUAGGAUUGGGGACGUGAGUAUCAAAUUGGGUAUUGCUCAGGAUGAUGCGUGGAGUCGGGCGUGUAAGUUCACGCUUACUUGUUGUAAGUUUUUGUUGGCGCACGCGAGUAAUUUGAAUGUUAUGAAUAAUAGGCGUGGGAAUUGA